AGUCGAAUACACGACCCAACGCCAACCUGCUUCUGUUUGUCUCAUUCAACUCAUCUUUUUAUCUCUUCCUUCGCAAUUCAAAGUUCAAAACGGUCUUAGCCAAGGACUUAGGACUUGGAGUAUACUUCUAGGAAAUAUGCUAAUGCCACACCCUCUCUCUCUCUUCGGCGCAGUUACCCCUUUUUGUGCGUGACGCUCACGCUUGCAUCAGAACCAACCAACCAUAUAAAUAGAGCGCGCGCGAGGCCCAUCCAACGCAACGCAACGCACACUUCAAACCAUAAACAGAAAAAAACAAAGACCACAGAAGAACGCUCGCAGAGUGUGUGUGUGUGUGUGAGAGAGAGUGAACCCUAAUAAUGGAGGCGAAGGAGAACGGACCAAGCAAGAACCCUUCGAAUGGCGCCAUACACGGACCUACCAACCCUAUGGUCACGCCUCUGCUCACGGAUCUCUAUCAAUUCACCAUGGCUUACGCUUACUGGAAAGCUGGCAAGCAUCAAGAGCGUGCUGUGUUCGAUUUGUAUUUUCGGAAGAAUCCGUUUGGUGGGGAGUAUACUGUCUUUGCUGGUUUGGAAGAGUGCAUAAGGUUCAUAGCGAAUUUCAAGCUCACUGACGAUGAGAUUGGUUUUGUCAGGGAAAGUUUAUCUGACUCUUGUGAGGAUGGAUUCUUUGACUAUCUUAGAGAAAUUGACUGCUCUGAUGUUGAGGUGUAUGCUAUUCCUGAGGGAACGGUCGUUUUUCCCAAGGUUCCCCUGAUGAGAGUUGAAGGUCCAAUUGCUGUUGUUCAAUUGCUGGAAACGCCCUUUGUGAAUCUAAUUAAUUAUGCAUCAUUAGUUUCCACUAAUGCUGCAAGGCAUCGCAAUGUUGCUGGAAAAUCCAAAACUCUACUUGAGUUUGGAUUACGAAGGGCUCAGGGUCCUGAUGGUGGGGUAGGAGCGUCAAAAUACUGCUAUAUUGGUGGAUUUGAUGCAACAAGCAAUGUUGCAGCAGGAAAGUUAUUCGGGAUACCCCUUCGUGGUACUCAUUCCCAUGCCUUCGUUAGUUCAUACAUGAACCUUGAUGAGAUUAUAGAUAAGUCACUUUGCAGAAAAGAUGGUUCAAGUACGUGUGAUGAUUUUGUUAGUCUGGUUCUAACAUGGCUGAACAAAAUUCAGUUAUCAAAUGGUGUUUUUGGUGAGACCAAUCAGAGUGAGCUGGCAGCAUUCACAUCAUAUGCAUUGGCAUUUCCCGAUGGUUUUCUUGCUCUCGUAGAUACAUAUGAUGUGAUGAGAAGUGGAAUCCCUAAUUUCUGUGCUGUUGCAUUAGCUCUCAGUGAUUUAGGAUACAAAGCAGUUGGCAUUAGAUUGGACUCUGGUGACCUUGCAUAUUUGUCUUGUGAGGUCAGGAAGUUCUUUUGCUCUAUUGAGAAGGAAUUUGGAGUGCCAGGAUUUGGAAAGUUGACAAUCACUGCUAGUAAUGACCUCAAUGAGGAAACAUUAGAUGCUUUAAACAAACAGGGUCAUGAGGUUGAUGCCUUUGGAAUUGGUACAUAUCUUGUUACAUGUUAUGCUCAAGCUGCUUUGGGUGUUGUUUUCAAGCUGGUUGAAAUAAAUAAUCAACCUCGUAUAAAACUUUCUGAAGAUGUGUCAAAGGUCUCUAUUCCAUGUAAGAAACGAUGCUAUAGGUUGUAUGGGAAAGAAGGUUAUCCCCUGGUAGAUAUAAUGACCGGAGAAAAUGAGCCCUCUCCAAAGGUGGGAGAAAGAAUCUUGUGUCGUCAUCCCUUCCAAGAAUCCAAAAGAGCAUAUGUGGUGCCACAGCGUGUUGAGGAGCUUCUGAGGUGUUACUGGCCUGGGAGUUCAGAUAAAAAUACAGAUACUUUACCACUUCUAAAAAGCCUUAGAGAGCGAUGCAUCAAGCAACUUGAGCUAAUGCGGCCUGAUCACAUGAGGAGACUUAACCCAACUCCAUAUAAGGUUAGUGUUAGUGCAAAAUUAUACGACUUCAUUCAUUUCCUGUGGCUCAACGAGGCACCAGUUGGGGAGCUACAGUAAUAAGGCAAAUAAAAUGGCAUGCCUCGGGAACCCAAUGGGUAUGGCAAAAGAAUAUUUCGGAAGAAAUUUCUCCAUACAGUAUAGAUGUAUUCAAUGUGUUUUGACUGUUUUCAAAAUAAAUGUUUCUGUAUAUUUAUGUUGGUGGAACUAUUAUUCUUUCGAGGUUUGUGCUAAUAAACAAUCUUUACCACUCUUUAUCACAUUGCUAUGCAGUCUUUGAUUAUAUAGCUAAACUUUAUACAGGCAUUCAACAGAAGUAUAAAUGUGAAAUGGUUUCUUGA